AUGGAUAAGGCACAAGAAAGAAAAAAGAAGACUGCAACUCUUGAAAUCAUGCAGUCGAGGGAAGGUUUCUUGAUUGGGCUGUGUCGAUGCAUUGGUCUAGGAGAAUUGAGCCAAUUAACUUUUAACACCAAGAAGCUUAAUUAUAUAAAUUACUUGUAUUCUACAACUGACGGGAAUUUGGAUUCGAUGAUUGUGUUGUGGCUAGAGUUGCUGGGAAUGGCGCUGUCUUGGGAGUUGAAUCCGGGCUGGUUUUUUACUGUGGACAUGCCUCGUAUUGAUGGCUCAGAUAUGACAAAGAGAAGAUAUACAUUUUCCCGAAAGUAUGUCGAGAAUCUGCUGUGGAUAGGCACUUUGGUGUGUCAAGAAUCUAUUAUGGCUAAAUACCAUGGUGGAGGCUCAAACGCCAUUGAUGGGGUUUUUUUUUACAUCUGUACGGUUCGCUCCGGAUGUGUUGAGAAUCUGCUCCGGCUGAAUACCAUAGUGGAAACUCUAAUAUCUUCGAGAGGAUUUGUGCAGUUUUGCAUUUCUCUCAAGGUGCAUCAAGAAUCUACAGUGGCUAAAUACCAUGGUGUAAGCUCGUGUGCCGCUAAGAGAGAAUCACACCACUCUAUCCUUAAUCUUUAUAAUCUUUUCAAUUUUGGGUCGAAUGCCGUCUAUGGGUGGCCUCCAUGGUGA